UCUACAGCAGCUCCACUACCACCAACUAACCCUAACUAUACUAAUACUGACCUGUCAUAGGAAUCCUCGCGGUUUAUAUGUUUUGCACGUUAUCGAUGUUUUUUCUUUUUCAGCUGUUUAACAUGGGCUCUUUUUGCUUUGCUUCAGAUCUCAGUGAGGAUGAGCGUCAGCUGCGACACGAGCAUCAGACGGAGCCUCCGCGCCUCUAAACGCUUCAGGUCCACUAAAGGGGCGUCCAAAGCCCGGCGAGACCACAUCAAUGCCGAGAUCCGGACUAUGCGGGCGCUGCUGCCCAUCGGUGCUGAAGAGCAGGAGCGUCUGUCGUACCUGCACUCCAUGUCGCUCAUCUGCACCUUCAUCAGGAAGACUGUGCUGCUCACAGGUGUUCAUGAGGACGGCAGCGAUGUUUCUCCUCUGAACGAGAGCUUUCUGCAAGCCUUGCCUGGGUUUAUUGUUGCUUUGAACAAAGACGGAAAACUGGUGUACGUGUCUGAAAACGUGGCAGAAUAUCUCGGCCUGUCAAUGGUCGAUGUCCUUCAGGGAGACACUUUCUAUGAUAUGAUGGACGGUCGCGACGCUGAAGCGCUGAAGCUCGUUUUGAGAGAUCCGGACGUCUCAGCAGAGAGGAGUUUCGUGUGCCGUAUGCUCACCUCCAAAGCCUUCCGGCUCCAGUACGGCAGCUGCUGCUCCAUGCUGGUGAAGGGACGCUUCCAGAGCUCCUCUCUGUUUGUGGCGCUCUGUACGCCCACGGCCGACAGACUGCAAGACCGCCAGCUCCUCCACGCCUCCGGCUCCUUCCACACGCUCCACCGGCCUGACAUGAGCCUCACUCACGCCCCCUACAGUGUUUUGUUCCACCUGGGUUUCUCAGCAGAGGAGCUGAUUGGUCGAUCGUGGUACGACCUCCUGCACCCUGAUGACCUCACGCUCGCCGCCCGCUGCCACACGACACUCAUACGAGAUGAAGGCGACACAAGUGCAGAGAUGCUGGUCAGACUGCAGCGGAAGGAUCUGUCGUGGAUCUGGCUCUACGUUUGUGCAACUGCGAAAGCAGCCAAAGAAUCGAUCGCCUGCACAAACCACGUCAUCAGUGAAACAGAAGCCAUCUAUCUCAAAGACAAGCUCUACGGCAGCGUGUCUCCGUCUGUCUGCGGUGCUCAGGUGUCUCAGGGUCCCGUCUGCUUGCCGGAGAUGGCAGGACAGAUCCCGAGCAGAAGCAGGAGGAGCUCAGAGACGGGCGAUGUGCAGAUCAGAAGCUUCUUCUCCACGCCGCCCUACAGCCCCACUUCCUCUCACUCUUCUGACUUCCUGUCUGAAGGCUAUGGCUCUUUUGAGCACUUGGUGUGCGGCUCACGCUUCUGCCCUUCUGAAGUAUUCCCAGUGUCUCAGCCGUACCCUGACGCUCCUCCUAAUGUAGGUCUGCCCGACGCUCACCGCGUCCCCGUGUACCAGCCGGUGCUGGACGCGAGCGAGGGCCCGUCAGACUGUGUCCUGCAUCAGGAGGACUUCAUGUUUGCUCAGGACAGCGUGCCGAGUCUGCUGACGCCGGAGCCCUCACCCUCAGCAGACGGACGCUUCCUCUUCAGCCAGACGGAGCAGGUGGAGGUCGGAACGCUGGCCCAUCAGAUCCGCUCUCUGGCCAGCAGCUUCAGUCGACACACACAGCACGAUGGCACCCUCUGCUGGACGCCUGAGCCGCUGCUGGACGAGAGAGUCAUCGACAGCAUCCUGCGCGAUCUGGACGCGGCCUCGGCCAAAAACACGGACUGCGUGUGGAACGGGCUCCCGGUGGCUCCCGUGGCUGUGGAGCCGUUCAUCAGCGCGACACACACCAACACCGAGUUGCAUCAACUCCAUCACUGUCUGUACGCCGGCAUCCAUUAAACGUACAAUAGAUUGUGAAACGCUGGUGUUUCUCACAUAGAUCCAUGAGCUAACUGAAGUCUGUGACUUACUCUAGUAACCCCGUAUGGCAUAUUGCCAUGGCAACCAGUGGCUGGUUUCCGUGGAGAUUUGAUGAGGUGUUGGUGGGAACAGGUUUCUCAUUGUUUCUCAAGAAUAAUUUAUAAACGUGCAGUGUUUUAUGUGAAUUAUUAACAUUGACAACGCUGUCCGCUGUCUUAACAUUUACCACUACACUGCAAAAAAUGAGGUGUCAGAAAAAUAAUCUUGUUUUCUCUUUGAAUGAAGUUUAUUUUUCUGACUCCAUUGGCAGAUAUUUGUUCUUGUUUUAAGAACAAACUUUGCCACAUUUUUCAGAAAUCAAGACUUAAUAUCUUCAGUCAUUUUGCUUCUGCAGUAGAUGUAGAUGUUGUUCUUGUAAACGAUUCAACAAUAAGCUUCUGCACUUAUGGAAAACGACUGAGAAACGACACAGAAGGUCCUGAAGCGAGGCCGAAGAACUGAAUCUACCUCAUCAAAUCACUCCAAACUCCUUCUGUAUUUAUUUCUGUAGUUUAUGAUUUUUUUAUCAUUCAAGCAAACACAAGUUUCACUCCAGAUAUGAAUGUAAAGUUUGCCAUCUGUAUUUCUCCAUGUCAGAAUAAUCUAUAAUGUUUAGAGCUUAUUUAUAUAUUCUUGCUCUCUGUUUCUAUUUUUGUAUGUAAUGUCAAUAAAGUUGUUAAGAGAAGUAAAA